AUGACGCAGAUUCUGGGGCUCCUGCCCAGUAGAAAGUUAAGGUGGCCAAGCCUGGCCCUCUGCCCUGCCCUCCUGACACUGUCUCUGGGGGCCGGCCGGUCUCCUGCCAGCGUCAUGGAGAAGGGACUGAUGGCUCUCCGGAGCAUGGGCGGCCAAGCCUCGGAAUGGAAACUGCAGGCGAAGCAGUACUCGCUCAACAGGCUGGGCCAGGCCGUCAACUCGUACAAGUGGAGGAAGAGCGAGGCCCCGCAGGGCGCCUGCCCGGACAGGACCUUCUCGUCGGAGAUGGAGGACCUGCGCCGCAUGUUCCUCCGGCGCCCGGACUGCCCCCAGUUCUGCUCCCGGGCCACGUCCAUGUCCAGUUACGUGAGGGCCGCCCCCGAGGGCCCUCCGAGAAAACGCCCCCCUCCCUGGGGGAGUCGGGACCUUCCUGGAAGGUCCGCCUCCAUUGUCGCCUUGCCCGGGGUGGUGUGCCCGGGCUCCGAGGCCUGGAAGAUGCCCAAGGACUCCCCCUCCAGCCAGCAGGGCCUGGACGCGACGGCGGACGAGUCCCUGCUCCCCGUCAGCAAGAGCGCCUGCGAGUUCGGCUACUUGCGGAAGCAGAGCGCGUCCCCGACGUGGAGCCCGGCCACCAGCGGCCUGGCCCUGGGGCCGAGCUGCCUGCGGAAGCGGGUCCCCUGGUACAUCUCCGUCAUCCACGAGAAGGACCACUGCCUGUCCGCGCUGGGGGCGGAGGUGCAGCGCCUCUCCGAGCUGGAGGAGCAGGUGCGGCGGAAGGACGAGGAGAUCCUGGCGCUGCAGGGGGAGCGGGAGGCCCUGCGGAAGCAGCUGAGAGACCUGCGCAGGAGCAAGGUCUCGGACGUGCCCUCGGGCCAGGCCAUAAAGGAGCGGCCCUCCGAGCCCCUGAUGAAGCUGUCGGACCGGCAGAGUUUCCUGCAAACGUGCAUCAGGGACGAGGAGGAGCUGCGGCACUGGAGGCAGAUGCAGGAGGAGUAUGUCAUGGGGCACAGAACCAGGGACCUGGAGGCCCUCGGCGAGGAGGAACAGGGCCUGGAAGGGGAGGCCGAGAGGCUGGAGGACCAGGGGGCCCAGAAGGAGGACGACUUCGACUUCGAGGAGGAGCUGAUGGCCCAGCUGCAGGAGUGCGAGCAGCUGAUCCAGGAGUUCCAGUUCGAGCUGGAGAUCGCCAGGACCAGACUCUCCCUGGCCACAGGGGCCUGCAUCUCUCUACAACGACAAGUGGACCACCAAGAGGCCGAGCUGCAGAAGGCCAACACGGAGAACCAGCUGUUGCAGAAGGAGCUUCGGGAGCGGAAGCGGCAGCUACAGGCCAUGACCGACAAGUUCUCCAACCUCCGGGAGGAGAAGAAGUGGGAGGAGGUGAAGGGACUCGGCGAGAAGGACAACCUGGUCCUCCGGCAGCAAGUGUGGGAGCUGGAGCGGGAACUGGCGAACCGCGAACGUGUCCUCGCCGAGCUGGACGCCAGGGUCGGCCAGCUGCAGGCCCAGGCCGCCCAGAGCCAGAAGCAGCAGCAGGGCUGGCAGCAGCUGCAGGAGGCGACGCGGGACAGGAUGGAGGCCGUGCAGCAGGCUGAGCAGCAGACGCGCGUGGCCCUGGAGAGCGCCCAGUCCCGGCUGGAGCGGCUGAGAAACAAGAUCAUCCAGGCCGCCUUCGGCGCCUUGGGGACCAAGUCCUUGACCACCGAGAUCUCCGACAACGACAUCCUGGAAGCCUUGCAGAAGCUGGUCUUGGAGAGGGCGGAGUACUACAGCCAGCUGAAGCAGAGGGGGUUCAAGGGGCCCGGCCCGCCGCAGUCCGAGCUGACCUCGCAGGGCAAGUCCAAGAAGCUGGCCUCCUCCAAGUAGGCUGGCACGCCGCCCACGGGCCAGCCCUGAGCUCUGAGUCCCAAUUAAACCCUGUCGUUGGCCUCGGCGGUCACCUCCUCCCCCAGGGGACUCACUCACACCGGGCUGGGGCCGGCAUGGGCUACAUCCACACCCCCCUUUCCAAA